UGGCAGUCCGUGGCGUCAUCGCCAUGAGACGGAAGAGAGAAUUUGUAGUCGCCAGGAGUCCUUAUAGUGACAUGACAAAAACAAUCAGCUUUCUGAAAUAAUUCAAAACGAGCCGGGUGAAAAAUUAGGUAAGUGUUUGAUAAGAUGAAGAAGGCAUCAUCUUCUGAUCGGAUGUGAUGAAUUUAUGUAUAAUAUGGCGGGUUUGUGUUAUUCUGGGCUGGUUUGAAUGAGCUCAGUGUUUGUCAGCAGACAGCGAAGCUAAUUAUCGAGCUAACUUCACAUUAAAAGCUGUUUGCUUUCACUGUUUUAACUUUCACGGAUAUUAAAUGUCUUUAUCGUGCCAAAGAGACGGUCAGAGUGAUGAUAUUGACUUGUCAUAACUUUAUUGUCAGUCUGUCAGCUGUCAAUGAGUCUGUAACGGAAAUCUUAUUCAGGCCCAGCCUCAAACAUCUGUCCUCUUUUUUUUAUUUAACAGGGUUUUUUUUUUGGAGACGAUUCAUUCAUAAACAAUGGUAAGAGGCGGAUUAUUUGUUGCAUAUGAUCUAUUUUUCUAUUGAAGUGAAAGCCCUCUGUAUACAUUGAUUUGCACAUACAGUGAUCAAUUAUUCAUAAUAUUCACUUACUGUUCAGUCCUCAUUUUCUUUAUUUAUGUAUUUGUUCUUGAGACAGCACGGACGAGUAAAGAUUAAAUCUACAGCCCAGCAGGAGGAGGAGAAAAGGAAGGAGAGAGAGAAGAAACUCAAGAUAUAUGUGGCUGCAAGGGAUGCCUGUUUUUCUAAGGUUACAUUUAAACACUUAUUUAAGACCUACAUUUCUGACAGAAAUGUCUAAGGAUAUGUUUUAUUCUUUCACCUGGGGACAAAAACAAUGAUAGUGAUGAUGGUUAUACAAACUUUAUUAAUAUAGCGCUUUUAAAAACAAAAGUUUAAAAAGUGCUUCAAAAGACAUAGCAGAGGAAAUGAUAAUUAUAACAACAGAGAAGAAAUACGUCAUAAAUGGUAGAUUUAUCGCAAAGAAAAUGGGGAAAAAUACUACAAUAAUAGCAUUUACAGGUCAAUACAGAUUCCCAGAAUAAGAAAAAGAUGGGGAAAGAACAGAAAGGAAAACCAGAUAACAUUACAUCAAACUUUAAAGACAAAAGAAGAGUGAGAUGUAAAUGAACAAACCAAUAAAUAAAUGUGGCUAGAUGGCUGUCAAGACAUGGAUCAGAAGAGGACUUGUAAACUAAUAGUUUGAGCAAAAGCAUCAUUAAAUGAUAGUUUUAUAUUGCUCAAUUUCAUUUUUUUGUAACAGUUAUUUUUCUGAUGUCCAUCACUGUCCCUCAUUUUCUCCUGUAUGACAGAGGAAGGAGGGCAUUUUUGAUGAUGAAGCUCUCCAGCUCACCCAGCAGCUUCUAUCAUCCAACCCUGACUUUGCAACUCUGUGGAACUACAGACGAGAAAUCCUGAUGCACCUGGAGACUGUGAAGUAAGCUCCGUUAGCUAACCACCUUUAUAUUUUCUGCAGUGCAUUCAGGAAUACAUGGAUGUUAUGUAUGUUCAGUAUAUCUAUUUACAGUUUUGAACUCGCAUGCUGCAGAUUUCCAGUUUUGCAGCUCCUGCAGUAAAAGUACAAUUUUAUAUGUAGGGGAACACAUUUCAUAAAGGUUUUAAAGAAGGGCUCAAGCCAAAGCACAUCAAUCUUAGGAUAAAGUUGUUCUUGUACUACAAAUGUUGCUGGAGUUUCAGCCACUUUAAACUUUACCCAGUUUUUAUUGAUAUAGUGCCAAUUCACAACAAAUGUUAUCUCAAGACACUUAAAAGACGAACUGGUCUAGACCUAACUCUUCAUCAUAUUUACAAGAAGAUCAAACAUAAAGAUGGGAUGGGAUUGAGUCCCCUCUUUUAAGAUCAGACUCACUCCCAUCCCAUCUUCAACCACAUGAGUGAAACACUCAUCAAACACACACAUCAAGUUACAGUGGAAAGGAAAACUUCCUUCAACAGGCUGAAACCUUGAGCAGAACCAAGGUGUUAGACAGUCAUCUGCUGAGACUGAGCCGGGUUUAGAGAGGGGAGAGGGAGAUGCAGACAGAGAGAGACAACAAUGUUAGUACAUACAGAUGUAUGGUUACAUGUCAGAGAUAAUGGAACAAGUAUGUGUACUGUUUACAGAAACAGCAUGAUCAUAAUAAUAGACUGAUCUUAGAUUGAUUUAUGGAACAUUUAAGUCAACAGGUCUGUAGUAAUAGCAAAGCAGCUAUAGCAUUUUUAAUUAUGAAGAUGAGGGCUUGAAUAAAAAUAUUUGAAGCCAAAAGAGCAAAAAAAAAAAAAAAUCUGUAUUUAAUAUUAGCUUUAUAACAGUGAAAAAAACUGAGAGACUAAUGCUGAUAAAUUAACAUAAGCUUUAACAAUGAUAAAGACUAACACAAAUAAAUUAAUUUUAGUUCUGAAAUGGUGACAGAAAUGCAAGGGCUGAUGCAAAUAAUUAAACAUUAGCUUUGUAGCAAUGAUAAAGAUGGAAAGACUGAUGUUUGUAGUUAAAGCAGCUUGAAAGCAGGCAGGUCUACAACAGCAGGAUGUCGGCAGCAGAGAUCCAGAGGAACCUCCAGCAUGGUGGAGCUCAGAGACUCCCAGACAAGACAUUGUAUUAGUGACUUCAAUGGGACAUGAUGGUUCAAAGUUAAAAAAAAAAAAAAAAAAAAACAGACAGAACGAGGAGAGGUACUCAGUGUGCCUGUACCCUAGACCAUUUGAGUCAGUAGCAACAAAACUAAGAGCUGCUCAGGCCUGAACCAGCUCUUACUAUAAGCUUUAUCAGUGAGUGAAGUGGGGAAGGUGUCUGCCCCCAUGCAUCUCUUUCUUUAGUAGUAGGUAGAGUUGUGCCUGAAUCCUCAGCUGUACUCCUCAGAUUUGCAGCUCUAAAGUAACAGGAAACAGAACAGAAACAAAUAACUGAAGAACUGAAUAAAAACAGCUGUUAAGUUGGGUAUUUUUAUAAUCCUUUUAUGUUUGAAAACAAAUCUCAGUUAAGACAGUCCAAAGCUUCACAGUGAAGAUACUCAAAAAAUGUACCUAAGGACAGCACUCUAGCAAAUUUACUUUUUUUGUAGGCAUCAAAAGUAAUGAUGUGAGGUUGAGUAAGCUGAUAGAAAUAAAACAGUAAGCCUGCAUCAUUCAUAUCAGAUUUUUGUAGUAACAGUCGGACUGGUUGUCAGUGCAUUUCAGCAUCUGUUCCUUGAUGUUCAGUGUGAGGAUGAAUCAACAGUCUGGCACUCUUUAAAACCUCCUGGAAAGCCCGUCUUAGUCACAGCUCUGCCAGCAGUUGAGUGACAAGUAACAACAAAAAGAAACAGAAACAGAACAAAAGAACAGGAAAUCAUCUCUGUGUGACGUUAUAAUCAGGCUGAGCUUCACUGGAGCUUCAAUCUGCAGAUAGAGACAGAAAUCUUGUGGUAAACAAACCAGAAGACGAGUUUUGCCAGCUCCUCGGACAAGCAGCAAGACAACUCGCUUGUAAGAAGGCAGGCAUGCAACACUGCAAUUCUGGGCUGAAUCAAUACUUUAUUGAUCCAAAUGCAAAUACAUGCAUUCAGUUUCGAACUGAUUAUAUGACAUGUAUAAUUAUGUUCUCCUUGUUGUAGAGUGUAGAGUAAUGCUUGUAGAAUAAUGUCUGACAAGUCUGACUCGAGGUGUGAGAACAUUUUUGUUGUGCUGAAAUGUCAGGAUAUUUUGUGAUCUAGUACAAUUCUUUGAAGUGCUGCAUCGACAUUUAAGGUCCCCACAUUAUGAUCAGAAACUGGAGCGCACCACAAUCACAGUAUGCGUAGCUUAUUUUGGAGGUGAAUGAAACACUGAUUUCAAUGACUUUCUCAACAAAUCACCUCUGACUUUGAAUUUCUUUUUUUUACCGAUCUGUGUGUGUGUGUCUGUUAGAAUGAGGCAAAGAGGAGGGGCAAAGUGAGUAUAGAGUGUGUUGUCUCUCAGAGAAAAAAUGUCUUUCCUCUUACAGACUUAAAACAAUCAAAACCAAAACCAGCCGUCACUUGGUAGCCUUGUUGUGUAGUAAUCAUCAUUAAAAAAACACAGUUUUUCUUGAGUAUGACCAGUGAAUUUAACAAAAGAGCAUUUGCUGUGUGCUUGUGUGUGUGCCAGGCAUUAACUGGAGCCUGGAGGGGGUAAAUAAACUGCAAAGUCAUUUUUAAUUGGGUGACCAUUUUAGUGCAAAUGUUUACCCAAUAUGGGAUGGACAGACCUCUGAAAUUUACUCACCAAAUGGAAAAUCUGUCAUAUUUGGCACUGGAAGGUACUAAUUUUGGAGUCUGUUUUAUUCUAUUUAUUGUAUUUAUUUAUUUCUGUUUUGUUUUGUUAAUUUUUUUUAUUUGAGAAAGAAAUUUGAGCAGGCUUACAGCACAAACGGUUGAUGCUCUACUUUGGAUGAUGUGUAGAAGUUCAAAAAGUACCCAAAAAAGGAAAACAAGUCUUUUACAAAAGUUUAUGCAACUUUAAUAUUUCAGCUGAAACAAAGAUCUGCGCCCUCUUAGCAUUAUAGAGAAUGACAGCAUUAGUAUUCUGAUAAAAACAUCGGAGCCCUGAUGUUGGUGAUCUAUUACUGACAUGGCUUUUCUCCAGUUGUCCACAGUCACCAGAGUCCUACCUGACACUUCAGGACAGGUGUGCUGUGAAUUCACUUGCAGAUAUUUGAUUCAGUUUGUCUGUUAACCUCCUUACACAUUUUUACAGUCUUUCUUGUACACAAGCUAAAGUUUUGUUUUGUUUUCUCUCAUUCUUAAAAUUUGACGGUGACAUAAAAAUAACAUUAAUAAUAGCUUUUAUUUACUUGUUGUCUGGCAGCUUUUGUUUAAGCAAACUUAACAGCCUGACAGCGUCCAAGUCAGGCUGUCUUCUUUGUACUCCUACUGAUCACUGAAUGUGUCAUGUGGCAUUCCGGCGAAAGCCAAAAGAUCUGAUAGCCAACCUCAUUUCACCAGCUGAUGUAAGUUGGCAUUAAAAAGUGUAGAUCUCGAGCAUAUAUUUGGAUCCUCAUGUUUGAUAUUAUCCAGGAAAAAUUAAGUGAACAUUAUCAGUGAGAAAAAGCUGUCUCCAGAUUUCAGAGGCUCCUUUCACAUCCACACUGUCCCACUCUGGACAGAGAUUCCUCUGAGUUUUGACAGGAGCCUGAUGUUUUUGUGUUUUAUAACUCUCCUUAGGGACGAGGAUGAAGUUCAGAAGAUUUACGAGGCUGAGCUAUCUUUUCUGGAGUCUUGUCUGAAGGUGAAUCCAAAGUCUUACGGCAGCUGGCACCACCGGUGUUGGGUCUCAGCCCGCCUCCCUCGACCGGACUGGGCCAGAGAGCUGAGUCUGUGCGACCGCUGCCUGAGCCUAGACGACCGUAACUGUGAGUAUAGAUGGACAGCAAAAUCACGAUCUUUUCUACCCUGUUGAUCAAAUCUUAUUUUUGAGACCCUAUAAUUCGAUCAAUUCACCAGUAAAAGAGUACCUGGAUCAUGUUAAAUCCUCCACAUUUACACAAUUAUUCCAUCUCUUUUCUAACUGUGCUCCCCACCAGUCCACUGCUGGGAUUAUCGCCGGAUGGUGGUGAAGGUCUCAGGUGUUCCCGUCGAUCAGGAGUUGAGUUUCACUGAUCGUCUCAUCGGCUCCAACUUCUCCAACUACUCCAGCUGGCAUUACCGCAGCACACUUCUGCCGCUGCUCCACCCGGAGUCUCCCGAACCUCCGUCACCACGCAGAGAGCCCCCCCAGACCUCCCCUCCUCCAUCUCCACAAACACAUUCCCACCGUGUGUGUGAGGAGCAGCUCCUCAAAGGUGAACCUCACUGAAUCCAUCAUGGACCUUGUUUGUUCAGGACCGAGAGGGUUACUGUGUCAAAAUGCAGACUUCUUAUAAAGACACCGGGGGGAGAAGUAGGAAUGGGGUUUGACUUCAAAACAGAAAACAAAAGAGUUUAGAUAGUAUUAUUUAAGUUAGAGUUGUUCAUGGGAAUAUAAAACCACUUUGCAUUUAUCUUGUAUCAGCUCUCUACUUUUUACAUCACAGCUCUUACUUCAUGUCGUAGUCCUGCUCACCCUGUCGGGAUUUGAAUCUGCUGUAACAACCCGCUCACUUUACAUUUUCUCUCACAAAUGUGUCAUUGAAACCAGUGAAACUCUGCAGCCUGCUUUAAUUUAAACUCCAGCAUGUUUAAAUUCAGCUUUGACUGUGUUAUAAUCAAAGUUCAGGGUUUUCUUGUAAACUCAAAUCAACAGAGACAGAAAGUUCCUCACAGGAGCUUUAAGGUGAACCCACUAAAAAUGUGACCCCCCUACAAGUACUUGGGUGUUUUCAUAAACAAUAGACUCACAUUUAACAUAUAUAUUAUUGAUGUAUUCAAUAAGCUAAGAGUGUUCUCAGCCUUUAUUUUAGAAGUGAAUCCUGCUUUUACUUUCAGUGCCUAAAAAAAAAAAAAGAAACUUUAGGAGACGGCACGUCUGUCUGUGAUUUAUUAUGGUGACAUGUUGUGUAUGCAUGCAUCUUCAUCCACUUAGCAAACCCUUGAGUCAGACACGCAUCCCUUUGCUUUAGUCUUUAUGAUUGAGGGGUUGAAUAUCUUUAUCUAAUGCAGACAGUGACGCAGGUGUGUUUUCAUCGAUAAAACAAUAGUAGAAAGUUUCUAUCUUUUAACAUUUGAUUAUACAUGCAUCAUCUAACAAUUUUUUAAUAUGUGUACUCUGGGCUCGCUUCAUUUUUCUGGUUUAUUUUUCCAAACACAUGGUUGGUCUCAAAAGGUGCUGGCUGCAAUACCCGCAAGUAACAGCAGGGGGCAGUCUAAGGCCAUUCAGUGGCAUAUAGCAUGUGGUCAUGGUUAGACUGAUGUCGUUUUCAUUGAAAUAAAGACACAAAGUUUUGAUGCUGUUUGGAUGUUUGUUAAAUAAGAGCUUGAAAUACUGAAAACCAAAUUAUCUUGCCACAUUUUUAAAGUGGUAUCUAUUGAUUUCAAUUUUUUGCUUUUAUUUUAAUUCGAUAGUCACAUAAAAUUCAAAACUUUUAUAAUUUAGUUCAGAGUAUAAAAGAAACAUGAAAAUGUUUCAUUUCCCUUUGUUUUGAAAAGAUCCUUUGAGAGCACCUGAAGGAAACUUUGUCCUGGGUAACUGGGUAAUUUUCCUCCAAAAAUGCACCGCCACGUUUCAUUUGUUCUGAGUCCAAAUGCUGCCUCUGUGCUCUGCUGUCGUCCUUUUUAGUAAUAAUAUAUUAUUGUUGUAAGUUUUAGUUGUGUUUUCCGUCCUCUUCUUUGAUGACUAAUUCACAUGUACCUCUUCUAUUUUUCAGAAUAUGAGCUUGUACAGAACGCUUUCUUCACUGACCCCAAUGACCAGAGUGCCUGGUUCUACUAUCGCUGGUUGCUUGGCAGAGGUGUGUCCGCAUGAAAGUCAUCCACGUGUUGUCUAUUUGCUGUAUUUAUUCUUUUAUCACACUAGAGUUGCUUAAAUUUAAACUUUCUAUUCAUCAGCCGAGCGAGAGGAGAUGAUCAGCUGCGUGUACGUCAGUCGAGAUGAGGAAAGAGUGGCUGUCGCCUUCUCCAGGCCUGUCAAUGUGAGUUUAUCCAUUUAUUUGAGUGUGACAGAGUCCCCACAUUUACAGUUUGAAAGCCAGGUUCACCUUUUCAACACACAGCUCUGCAGUAACCUAAAAAUGUCACUCUUAGUGCAACCAAACAGAAAAAAUGUUUUCACUCAUAACGAAAUGUCUCCACAUACACAAACACAGAUUAACCUACAGUUGCAUUCACACCUUCACAUCAUAACAUGCCGGUGCAAAAGCCAGAGUAUGUUCAAGGAAACAACAUUCUGAAAUCUAUAUCGAUUAUUUUUUACUUAACUGCCUGAAUUAAUACAGCUGACAGAGAUACACACAUGCAGAAUAAAAACAGCUUGAAGCUCCCCCUGUGCUGGCUAUGGUGCCCUCUGCUGGUACAGAUUUGGCCCACUGGUGUCUGUUUUUCCAGUGGGGUCUAAAGUGUGUGGUAAAUAAUGCAAAUCAGGCCAAUGGCAUCCAGGGAUGGUAUUUAACUCUCAACUCUCUGUUGAAUUUAAGUACAAAAGACUGUCACAAAUCAAGUUGGCAGCAGAUCAGCUGUAUAGAUUAUUACAUAACAAGUUACUGGACAUAUUUGCUCCUGUACUACCACCCUCUACCUAUUUAUCCUUCUCUCUGCUGAGCUGGUGUCAUAAAGUGUAAAAUGUACACCAGCUUAUAUUGUAAAAAAAAUUGUUUCCCGAUGAGAAUAAUCCCUGAAAUUGUUGUCACACUCAUAAUCAUCCCUGAGAUGGAGAAAUAUUAAUACACAAACAAAGUCAACACUCAUGUCGUUUUUCUGAUGAGAUUACAUUAGAAUCAGAGUCAGUCAGGAGAACAUACAGGUCGUUUAAACAUCCCAACUGCAAUGAGAGCAAGUGCAAUAGUCACAUUCCAGGAUCUGUGAUACUAGUCACAUGAUCUAACCUUGACCAAUCAUCAAAAUGUGUGUUACUGCUGGCUGUAACACAAUUUUCCCCUCAGAGAUAAUACAAAUAUCCUUGAGAAACUUGUAUUUUCACCACUUCCUCAUUGUCUAGAUUUAAUCUAUAAGACAUUUCUAUCUGAAUUCACUUCUGCAGACCCUCACUCAAAAAUAAGGGUGCUAAUAUCUUUAAAAGCAGAAAAUAAACUGAAAGAUCCAAAUAAUAACGGUACAGUUGUGUUAGUAUCAUGUUCAAUCGUUUCUUCACACUUGAAAUACAGAACAUGUAUCUGGUAUAAUUCCUGAGUUUCUCUGGAUCAUAAUAUGUAUCCCAGACAGAAAAAAAAAGUUUAUUUUAAUAUCCUGCAGCACAAGGAUUGCAGGAUUUUGUCAGCAGACAUAACAGUGAAAAUAACAAAACACAUAAUGUGCUUUGAUUGUGAUUAUUAAUAACAUGCUAAAAUAAACUAUCCUGUAUCACUCAGGUUUCUCUCCCUGAAAGUGACUGAAAACAGUAACCUGGUCUCACUCUCUUUGUUUAUCUUUUUCUCGUUUCAUGUCAGGCUCAGUCAGUCGGCCUCCUGCUCGUCCUAGACGGCCAGCCUCAGCGAGUGGAGUGGAGGAGUGUCCAUCCACGCUUCAAACACAGCCCCGUCUGGGUAUCCUUUACUUUUUGAAAAAGAAAAAAAACUUUUUACAUCCUUUUGUCCUUUCUCUGAUAUUUGCUCAAACUGUAACUGUGGGUCUGAGCAGGUUGGUUUUUCUACAUUCUGCCCAUCAUUCCUCACAUACCUCCUCCCACUAAUAGGUUUGAGUGAAACACUUCAACCAAAGAAAAGUUUUCAGCACUGAGCUCUAAUUAGUGUUGCUGUGUAAGAAUUUUACUCUUACCUCGUCUUUUUGAAAUGCAUGUCUAACCUGUCAGGGAACAACGGAAGACUUUGUGUUUAAGGGAACAAACAGCUGAGGAAUCUGUUUUGAUGGUGUCAGGGUUCAGGGUCUCUUCAAUGUUUAGAAGAAGAGUUGAGAAAAGGAAGUUCAAAAUAUACUUUGCUACUAAUUUACUUUGCUUGAUACUUUGCUCUGAAUUUCAAAAAACAAAUUUCGGUGCAGAUUGCUAUUUGCUCAACUCAACUCAACUUUAUUUGUUAAGCACUUUAAAACAACCAGCCGAACAAAGUGCUGUACAUAAAUAGACAAAACAACAACAUAAAAAACAAUCAAGAAAACAAUGAAAACAAUGGAUAAAAUAAAAGCAGAAUUAAAAAGUAAAAUAUAGUUUCAAUGUGCUCAGCUGUGAAUUUCUCCUAUGUGAGCUGCAGAUGAUGCUGAGAGAAUCACAGUUCAAGCAGCUACAGCGCCCUCAUACCUCUGUGCUUUUGAACGGCACAUUUCACUUAAAAUGACUCUGAUGGCAAGUCAAAUUUUUUCUGCAUUUUCUGUCACAUAGAAUUAAAAUAUCACUUUGUGUUUUUGCUGCCACCUACAAGCGAAGCAUACAGGUGCAGUUAAUUAGACUGAUAUCAGUGGGCCGCAACACAAAAGCUAGCAGAUCAUGAUUUUGGAGUGUAAGCGGAGACUAUUCAGAGGAUCCAUACGUCAGGACCCGUAUGAAACAGAGAAAGCAACCAAAGUGGGACUCCUGAAGAGUACAAAUGCUGCUGCAUUAACCAGGGAUCCUGGGAUAUCAAUGAGUGACCAAAAUGAUCUUAAAAUAACCACACAGCGUACUUCUGCUGACAAAUCGUUGCUCCUUUUUGCUUUUGAAUGUCACAAUAAACCGUGUUUUUGAUAGAAUAAGACUUUAGAGGCUGUCUCCUGCCUCUAAGUCUUGGUUUCAGACCGCACUGGUGCAGCAGAAGCGCAUUUAUUUAAAUAGUAAAUCCGGAAGUCGAGAUUAUAAAGUCAAACAAAGUGCGUUAAUUUAAUUUACAAACCAAGACCGUGAUAAGAAUUACCUUAGAUCGCAAAUUAAAACAUAAAAUGUAUUUGAAAAGCAGAAUAAUGAAGUUUUAUGCUUAUGAUUAAAAAAAUUAUUUUUUGUGAUUGACUCUGAAGAUUCUGCAGUUAAUCGUGGUUUUAAAAAAUAAUCAUCAGGAAGCCUCGGUCAAAGACACAUCAGUAUGGGACGCCACCCUGUUGGCUUGACAGCUGGAUCAUUUGGCCCAUAAACAAACGGGGACCAUAGACCUGGAAUGAGGCGGCUCUUUACAGCAGUCUGACUUUAAGUGGUUCAGAAUUCACCACCAGAAUUUGCAGCUGGAUUAUUGUCACUAUCCAGUUAAGUGGUGAUAUGUUCGGAGGUCUGGUGUAGUGCUGAGAUCUGUUGGUGAGUUUCUGAAGAGGGGACCAUCCAGCUGAGGUCUGCAGGAUGGAUUAUGUUUGUUUUGUUUAUAAUUCAAUCAGACAGGUGCUUUUUUUUCUACCUGUGGUGCUUUUAUUGGAUUGAAAUCCUAUUAAAUUUUUAUUGGCCUCUAACUGAAAAGAAAGCUUGAUGCUCAGUGAGAGUCUGUUAUAAUUUUCUGUGCAGCUGUGAAUUAGUGUAUUAAAUCCCUGUUUGUGUAAUUACUGUUUUUCUGUUCCAUCAUGGUGUAAUUCAUUCACGACUCCACCAGUCUGCUGUUCCUGGCACUGAAACCAGCCAAAGACUUACAAUGCAGCCUCACGCCAGGAGCUCGGCUGCGAUUCAUAUUUUCAAGAUGGCUAUUUAUUUAGGAUAAAAAUUUCUCUUGGUUUCAUUGGUGGAAUAAAUAAUCCCUAUUUCUCUCGAUUUGAACCUUGACGCCGGCUCAGAUAUGUGAUCUCCCUCCUGGAACGAUAGGCGACAUCACGAAUGAACACAACCUGACAGUGCACUGGACUGAAAAACACACCCACAGAGACUGUGCUCUGUACACAGGUGAGACACAUCUAUGCCUUUCACAUUCAGCCACACGUUUGUUUCCUCCAGCUUCCCCUCACUGUGAACUUUUCCACAGGUCGAGCUGAAAGUUGGUGCAGAGACUCAGCCACAGAUCAGGAGCUCUUCAGGUACUGUCUCUCUUCUCUCCAGCAGCACACUGAGAACAUCUUUUUGUUGCCGGAAAUCAGGAGAGUGUGCUUUUUGUCUGCAGGAGUGAACUGUCAGUGGAGAAGACCUCAGUGUUACAGUCUGAGCUUCAAUCCUGCAACCAGCUGCUAGAGCUGGAGCCGCUCAAUAAGUGUGAGAGCCUCAAUAUGAAAUUCAUCCACAAAAAUACAAGACACAGAGGUUAGCUGCUGAAAGUAAAUUGGUUUUUCCUCUUCUCUGCAGGGUGCUUACUCACCAUCAUCCUCCUGAUGAGGGCGCUGGACCCUUUGGGAUACGAAAAAGAGACGCUGGCUCAUUUCCAAACACUGAGAGUGAGUAUCAAACCUUCAGUCAGAAACAUGAAUCAGGUCGAACACUGAAUGUCUGCGUCCUGAUCUGUUUGCAUUUUAUUUCAACCAGAUUUUUCACACAUGACAGCAGACAGUUUUUUUAACGUCUUUAUUGUUGUCACGUAAGAUAAAACAAAUAACAAAGAACAAAAAAAAAAUGAAAUGGUUUGAAGUCAAAUGAAAAAAGUCACAACUGAGGGGUAUUGGCGCAUCAAAACAGAACUUGAAAGUUUAUUGUGUUUCAGAAUUUGAUCAUUUUUAUGGAAAACAAUAGAAAAAUUUCUUCAGUGGUUGAUAAAGAAGUAAGUUUAUAUUCAUUUGCAAUGGUUUUCAGAACCAAAUAUUAAACUCCAGACAACUUCAGUUUCUAUAUUUAAGAUCAAUAAAGUCAGUCUAUCCAAUCAUCAAUCAUCUGUCUUAAUCAAAUCAAUCUAUCUAGAUUUUCUGUCACCUGUCCAGAUUGUUAUCCACCUGUCAGUUCAUCCAUUCACCUAUCUAUCAAAACAUCCAUCUAUCUGUUUAAUCAAUCCAUCCGUUCAUCUAUUUAUCCAUUCAUCCAUCUGAUCAAUUAUUCAGUCAAUCCAUAUUCAUCCAUCCAUCUGAUCCCUUCACUUACUCUUCCAGUCCACCAUCCACUUCAUCUAUCUUGUCAUUUACAUCUAUCCAUUUGAUUAACAUACUCAUUCAUUAGUUGUGUCCAUCCAUCAUUCGUCCAUUCUUCUUUCUCUCAAGGGGGUGAAGUUUGAAACAUUUCUUCCUUUCUGUUUCUUUGUUUUCAGAUGUCUGGCACUGAGACUUAACACGUUUUUAAACUCGAUAAUCUCCUCUCCAGAUAAAUCAACAUUUCUCCCCGGUGUUGGAAGUUUUCUCUCAAUAUUUUGACUUCACUCCAGUGACAUGACUUUGUUUUGGAUGGUUUCACUCUUAUUUCAGUAAAUCUGCCAGAACUGACAGAUAACGACCAACUCAGAGCAGACCUAAAAUUAAUCCCAGGGUACAGAGCAGAUUGAAGAGUUUUGCUUAUCUGAACACUAGAUUUCUUACUGAUGGUUCAAAUGUUCUCCUUCAGGAGGUCGACUCCAUGCGCUCUGCAUAUUACAGUGACCUGUGCAGCAAGUUCAUGAUUGAAAACACCAUCCUGAAGAUGGAGUACGCUGAAGUGCGUGUCUUCAGUAUUUCUGAUAAGGUAAUGUCAGUUUUCUCACUGUCAAACAUUUUUACCUGGUGUUCAUGUUUGGAGAGUAAUCCCACUCUUUGUUAUUCUAACAGAACCUGACCACUUUGUGCCACCUGGACCAGCUCUUAUUGGUAACUCAUAUCAACCUGUCGUCCAAUCAGCUGCAGCGGCUGCCUCCUCAGUUUGCCAUGCUGCAGUGCCUGGAGGUGAUAAAUCUGCUUUUCAAAUCCAAGUAUUAGUCGUGCAUGGGCAGUGAUCAUUUUCUCACUUUGUGGUUUGAUUACUGCAGGCGAUGCAAACACAAUGCUGCUCAUAUCAAUAAAAACAUACAGUCUUACUUCUUCCAUUUACGCAGUAUCUCCAAAUUAAAAUCCAUCCUCUCCCAGUCAGAAAUGGAAAAAGUUGUUCACACCCUCAUCUUCUCCUGCCCAGAUUACUGUAACUCAUUUCUUCCAGUAUUACGCAGAAAUCUCUUUCCCACCUCCAACUUGUCCAGAAUGCAGCAGCUCGGCUUCUAACUGGUUUUAACAGUCAACAUCACAUUACUCCCAUUUUAGCAUCUUUACAUUGGCUUCCAGUUAGUUUUAGAAUUGAUUUUCAGAUUUUACUUAUUACUGUCAAGGCAGGAAAGGGUCUGGAUCCAAUCUACAUAAAAGAACUUUUAACCCCCUAUGAGCCAGCCCGCACCCUGAGAUCCUCAGGUGGGGGCCUCCUGGUCGUUCCAAAGUCGAGACUUGUAACUAAAGGUGACAGGGCCUUUUCCAUCAGGGCCCCUCGACUUUGGAACGACCUCCCCCCAGGAGAUAAGGCGUGCAGAAACAGUCACUGCUUUUAAAUCACGUCUUAAAACUCAUUUUUAUGGACUUGCUUUUAUGUGAUUUUGUCUUCUUUAAUACCUUUUACUCUUCUUAUUCAUGUUUUGUAAUAGUCCCCUUGGUCUCAGGUUUUUGUGGCUGGGUUCCUGUGUUGGCCGGGUAUCAUGGUUCUUAUGAUGUCUUUGUUGUAAUGUCUUUAAUGACUGGGUAGUCUGGGUUUUUGUCUUGUCAAGGCUCUUUCCUCUAAGUGUUCUCUUGCUGUUCUGUUGUUUUUAUCUUCUUUGUUUUCCUGCAUGUUAAGGCACUUUGUAAACUCUUGUUUUUAAAAGUGCGAUAUAAAUUAAGUUAUUAUUAUUAUUAUAAUUGUUACCUCUUUUUCUGCAACAUGUCGGAUUGAAUCAACGUCUUCUGUCUUGCAGGUCUUGGAGGCUGAUGACAACAUUAUCGAGAGCCUGGAGGGAGUCUACCACCUUCCUAAACUGGAGGAACUCCUCUUGAAAAAUAACAGUAUCCUUUAAAUUUCUCGGUUACUCUCAUUCAGAGUUUUGUGUUGCUGGAGAUAUGACUAAAUCUCUGCCAGUGUCAGGGAGGUCAAUUAUAUCCUCUCUCACAGCACUAGUAACUGGGAAAUGUGUGAAUGGGCUCUGAGUGCUGCAGAAACAACCUCACCAAAGAGUUAGGGCCGCUGAUGGUGUGUGAAAAGCGGGAUUCAAAAGACGCACUACACAAAUUGGUGUUUACACAGAGCAGAAAAUUGCAUCAGGAAGGAGACUCUUCAGCUCAAUGCAGGAAUAAUUUGUUUUCACCUGAAACUUUAGUGCAGCGAUGAAGUCAAUGAAAUCAAGGCUGACAGACUCACAGAGCCAACAGCACCAUUAGGAAAGGAAGAGACAUUUAGCAGCACAUCAUGGCUGCAGACUCCUCCUUCUACUUCAUGCUCGUGCACCUCUGAUAAACUAAGAAGGGGUUAAUGCAGUCCACAGGUCAAGAUGCAAACGCUACCAUUAGUUCAGUUUUUAAUUGACAGCUAAGAGGAGACCUCUCUAUUCAGGGGUCUCCUCUUAGCUGAGUGUGCCGUGAAAUCCUCCAAAAAGAGUUUUGUUUUUUAAUUAGAUACCUAGACCCCCUCAGCCUGCUCUUUUCUGUUCAAAGCUGCAGCAGCUCCGCUGAUGCAAUUUGGAGUCUGCAGUUCAGUUAAUUAAAUUUUCAGAUAAUACUCUCACCAGAAAACAGUCUCAAAUUGGCCAAUUCUGAUUCAAUGUCCUUUUUCAGGUGGUUUUCUUUUUCCACUUGGUGCAUAAAAUGUAUAACCCAAACUCUGCAAGUUACUUCAACCAUAAGAUAGUCCAAAGACAACUUAGGAAAUAUUCAAACUGAAACAUUUCAUUAUUUAUCAGAAACGUUGGCUCAUUUUUUACUUGAUUCCAGCAACAUAUUUCUCAAAAAGUUAGGACUAGGGCGUGUUUACUGGAGAAAACAAACAAGUUAUUAGUCAAACUUUAGUCUUGACUGUUGUUUUGUCCAAUUCUUGUUACUUGGACAGAAAUCUGCAUUCAAGUACAACUUGUACUUCAUCUGAAGAUGUCUCAACAAAAAUGUGCUUUCAGUCCCGGAGGAUAAGUCCGUCGAAAAGUUUAGCCGACAAGCUCUGACAUUGGGAAAAUGACACACUGACGGGAUUUUGGGUCCCACCUGACGCUUAAUCUUACUUAUCUUUGAAAAUCCAAACGACACAUUGACAUGACUUUUGACACCUUUGAAUUGACUUUGUGUGUGAGCUGCCAUGGGAAAUAAGGACCUGUCUUUUGAUCCGACACAAAUUCCUGACUGGAAGCGACACAGAAGUCAGCAGUGAAUCAGAAAAAUGAGAGAGUUACUUGUUCUUCCUGGUGAAAAUAACUUACCCGCUCUGCUUGUGUCACUCUCCACAUCAUCACCGGGGCGAUUUUCCAUUAACCUCAAACACACAGAAAUCUCCACAGUGGCAGAUCUUCAGCCGCUGGCCUCCUGCCCUAAGUUAAAGCACCUUGAUCUUCGUGGAAACCCUGUCACUCAGACCCCCGACGUGGAGUCCGCGCUGGCCGAGUUGCUGCCCUCAGUCACAGACCUGCUGCUCUGAUGAGCCAAGGGGGCAGGAAUCACUGCCAUCGCCGUCCGUUUUGUCCGUUCGUCCUUCACAUCCUCGGCCUGUUUGUUUGUGUGAGACUGAGUGGGUGUUUUUGUCACGUGCCUCGUGGAUCUGUUUCUUCCUCUUGUUUAGGAGAGUGUCAAUCACAGCGACCCUGGAGCUCUGAAAGCCUGAUGCUUCAGAGCAAAUGUCAGAGCUCUCAACACUUUAAGUGAAACGUCUAGACUUCUGUUUGAGUGACUGAGAGAGAGUGAAAGAACUGUUGCAUUUCUCUGUGUGUGUGCGUGUGCGCGCACGAGUGUGAAUGUGUGUGUGUGAGUCCACAGUAAAACAAACCCAUAUGCAUGCAGAAACACUGAUAAAGAGCGAGAUGACUGUACAUGGUGGCUUAUUGCUUCUAUGAUCUUUAAAAACGGUUGAAUUUAAGUAAAGCUAAUAAUGAUCAGAGCAUCACACACUCUCAUACACAUUUUUUUAAAGGUUGUGUAAAGCAUUUAAUAUAUGACGAUAUACUGUUGCACAGUAAGUCACAGAUCAAGUAAUAAACAGCACACAUUGUGUCACUGCCUUCAAACAGAUCCUGUCUUUGUGAUUAUUUUAAAUAAGAUUUACAGAGUUACUCAAGCUAGCGUGACCGACGCUGCAUUCAUGUGCUCCUCCAGAGAUAGCAGUUCCUAAGCUGAGAGGGUUUUUAUUUGUAUAAGUGUUUUUAUUUAAAAAAGUCAUGUUUAGCAUUACCUGAUAUUUUUAUUAAGGUUAAGUGCUUGUAAGACAUGUGACAUUUUGGGUAACGUUAACUGACUUAUGAUUUAGGGUUAUGAAAUAUGAUGUAAAUAAAUAAUAAAUAAUGGGUACCACAAGGUAUCAAGGCAACCUUACAGAAAAAAAAAAAAAAAAAUUUUAGGAUUAAAAUCAAGAAGAAAACACUAUCUUGUGUUUAUUUUGAAUACAGCUGUGAUUAUACAAGAAAAAAAGUCUGCAUCUUUCGGAAAAGGAGUCGUAACGAAACAAAAAUAUAGAUGUACUAAGAAUGAAAUCAUGAUGUGACAAGAAAAAAGAUGUAUUAUGAGGGGAAAAAAAGUUGUGAUGUGAAAAGAAUAAACGAUCUGUUUAGUAAUACAGUUCGGUCUUAGCAUUACAACAAUUAAGUCAUAAUGGACAGCACUGAAGUCUCAAUUUUACAGAAAAGGCCUGAUGCUACAAGAAAAAGUUUCCUUGUUACAAGAACAAAGUCCUCACCUCACAAGUAAAAGGUCAAAAUGUUUUGAAAAUACAGUCUGGUGUUAGAAGAAUAAAGUCUUUAUGUGACAACAGAGAAGUCUAAAUGUUCCCUCAUAACAAAAGAAAAAGGUCAUAAUCUCCUAAGAGUUCAGUCUGAAUGUUUCACACUAAAUUUAUAUUGACAGGAAUAAAGAUGUAAUCUUACAAAAAAUUAAGUUAUGGUGUUACAACUAUAAACUCAGGAUCUUAAAGAAAAUUAAUUAUGAUCACAAUUUAGAGUCAAUGUGAUAAGAAUAAAGUCAUAAUGUUAUGGUUGUAGUUGAAGUAACAGUUGUAGUGAUACCAGAAUACGCGCAGCAAAAGAAGUUUCUAUGUAAUGAAGUCUUAGCAUUCUAUGAAGAAGGUCCCAGUAUAAUGACAUGAAUCAUGAUGUAACAAGAUUUAAGUCUGAAUGUUACAACAAUAAUGUUGUAAUGUUUUUAAGAAUGAAAUCGUAGUCUUGCCUGAAUCAAGUCUUGGUGUUUUGACAAUAAAGCCAUGAUCUUACUAGAACGUUGUCACAACACAACGUUUUACAUUUACAAGAACAAAUGUGUUUAGCAAUAGAGUUUUAAUAUAACAAAAUGAAGUCUCUUAUCUUACAAGAACAAGCUCCAAAUAAGAAAUUUGAGUCAUAUUGGUACAAGAAUUGUCUCAAAAUCUUGCAAAAACUUUGACGACAUAAUUUUGAUGACAAACUUUCAAUGGACAUCUGAAGACUACACAACACAAACAACGAAAGAAAGACGUGAGUGUGAUUAAUAACACACUCACACAUGAAGUAACAGAACCUAACAUUCAUAAUAUUAUUAUAUCAAACCAUGCCUCCAUAUCUCUCAAAUUAAUAACAGGAAUUAAACCUCAACCCAAAUCCAGAUGGCGCUUUAAUAUAUCUCUACUCAAAGACCCAGACUUCACCAUCUACUUCAAAAAAGAACAGACAUCCUUUCUUAAGAUCAACAGCACCCAAGGUAAAAAAGCUAGUACACUUAGGAAACAGGAUGAGCAUUCUUAAGAGAAAAAAUAAUAUCAUACUCACAAAAAAAAGAAGAAAAAAAAAAAAUAGAAGAAGCUGCAAGAGAACAUUUUUGAGAAUGAGAACAGGAGGUGAAGAGACUGUACACUCUGGCCUCUCAAACGCCUACGAACACAGUUAAUAAAGAACUACUCCAGAUCAAAUAUGAACUCAAUAACCCUUCUCACAAAGGUAAAAAAAAAGAAAUACACACUUCUCCAAUUCCAAUAUCAAGAUUUUGAAUUUGGCAACAAAAUUGGUAAGCUAUCAACUAAUCAACUGAAACAACAAUCUGAAAUUAGUAAUUUCUUUAAUUUCAGUAGAAGAUUCGGGUAAUAACACAAGAUAGUACAGUAAUAAACAAAACAUUUAGGAAUUACUUCUCCAGACUGUACACCCUGAACCACACCAACACUGAGAGAAGUAGACAUCUUUCUAAGGAACGUCUCUCUCCUCAUAUUAUCCACUGACUAAGCAGUUUAUUUCAACACACACAAAAAAGCAUUGCUACCUAUGUCCAACAUUGAAUCUCCAGGUUGAGAUUGUUCCC